AUGGUGGUGGCAGGCCUCGACAUGACUCGAGACCCAAAGUACUACAAAGGAUGGGAGAACUGUCGAGACAUGGAGAACAGCCAAUGGUGGGCCAGCCAUGCAAAGACAAUACUGGACGCAGUGAUGCAAAACAAAGAGCACAGAAGGAUUCUGUGGUGGAUUGUAGGGAAUGAGUUGGAAACUCCAGUGCCUGCAUCUGGACAAGACUGCGUGUGGAAGCGGGUCAACUGGAUGGCUCAAAAGAUCAAAGCAAUCGACUCAAAGCAUCCCAUUGGCAUCGCCAUUGCUGGGAGCGACCCGUCAAAACUUCAGAGAUUCUCGGAGAUUUGCAAAGAUGUUGACAUCCUGGGCAUGAACUUGUAUGGCAAUGACCAUUGGGGCAUCUCCAAGAAAUUGCAAAGCGCUGGAUGGGACAAACCAUGGGCUCUGACCGAAUGUGGUACUGCCGCACCGUGGCAGGUUCCAAAGACCUCAUGGGGUGGUUUGAUGGAGCCUUUGACUUCUACGUCCAAGGGGCAGUUCAUUUACAACGGCCUUCAUAGAUGCAAGUCUGAUGCCAAGUGUGUGGGCUUCUUCGCCUUUUUCUGGGGCUGGAAGUGGGAGAAGACAGGAACUUGGUUCGGCCUGUUGGAUCAAUGGCGAGCGGCCGGUGGAGAUCCGAAUGGCUUCCUGAAUGACGUGGCACAGCCCAUGCUGGAUGAGAUCAGUCCUGAGUGGGCAUGGCCGGUGAAAUUGAGGAUCCACCUGGAGGGCGUGGUGGUCCAUGGGCCCAACAAGACGAGCAACGGGACGUUUGGCUUCAAUGCUCAGAAGGGUGCUAAGGUGCCGGUGGACCUCAAGAUCGUUGCAGCUUUGACCCAGAAGUCUGGCCUUGUCGAGCCCCUUGGAACCCAAUCCAAGGAAACAUCCGUCAAUGCACUAUCAGAUGGCAAUGUGCCUGAAAAGGUGUUGCCUAUCAUCCCACACGCUGCUUACCACUGCAAAAAUGGCUACCGCGCUGUGGUCUUGACCGAGAUGCUUAAGCCUGGCAGCUAUCGCCUUUAUGGAUUUGCCCGGAGGAUCCGCUACUUUGACCACACCAUUCGGGAGGCUUCUGCAUCGAUUCCAUUUCAUGUUGGACAGCAGAAGUGCCAAGAUGUAACAUCUGGCCCUUGCUACGAGAAAGUGUGGAAAUCCAGAACCAGUGCACAGCGGAUGGGUGUUAGCACUUGGCCAGCAUCUGGACUGUUGCCAUCCUCAACCUUCAAGGAGUUUCAGGCAGCAUUCUAUGCCAACAACCAGGGCUGUCCUGCACCUUGUUCAUUCGAUCUACCUGAAAGCUUCCAUGGCACCUGCACCUUGGCUGUUGGCAGUGGUCGUGUUGACAUAAUGACGCACCGGCUACUAAGGCUCUUUGCAAAGGGAGUCGCGCAGAAUGAGUCUGAGCCAUGUGGAGAUGCAAAGGUUGGUGAAGAUUGCUUUUGGGCGGUGAAGUGGCUUUUAAACACCGGAAUCCACCAGACGCCGGCAUCUUUUCCAGAGCUGGGCAAAGAGCCAUCCUUUGCCGAUGCACAGCUGGCGUUCUACAAUCGUGCUGACCAUGGAUGCAAACGACCAUGUGGCCUGGCAGAGUUGGGGGGAGAUGUCACGCCGAGUCAUGCCAUUUGCACAGCUGAAGGUUGUUUUGUUCUAUCCACCUCGCAGAAGGUAACGCCUCCAUGCCUGCGGAGCUCUUCAAGUGAUUUCACGAAUUUGCGAAAAUCACUGAACAGAGCAGCCCUCCGUAUCCCUGGCCCUAGAUGCCCUAGGGGCCUUAGCAGAUCCAACGAGAUCUGCACGGAGGCUUGUGCCAGGGUGUCCUCGAAGGCGUCUGAACACGUCAUGAGGGAGAGAAAACCAAAUUGUGAAUUGUCCUUCUGA